AUGGUUGGAUAUAGAAGCGUAAUCAGGGUUUUAUCGUGCGAGAUGGUGGCUAUCAUCGGCGAUCAUGGUGGCGAAGGCAGAGGUGAUGCUUGUUCAUUCUCCGACUGUGAAAUUGGUUCGUGGAUGGCGGCGACACAAAAUAAUGGAGUGAAUGAUAAAAUCGGAGGUUUAGGUUUAUUUUCCAAUACGCAUCAACCCACAUCAUUGGGUUCUUGGCGAGUUAUGGAUGGACACGUUCUCGUUGAAUUUGUAAGACAACUUCCGAUCUUUUGGCGUCGUGAAGCUUAUUGA